CCGCGCAAUGCAAAAUACGUGGAUGAUGUUUGCUCCACGGGUUGGUCUUCACGGUGCAUGCGAACGAAGGAAGUCGAUUUGUCAGAAUUAUGGCGUCUGUUGAGGAAUUGAGCAUUCAAGGAAUCAGAGGUUUUGGACAAGAUGAUGGUGACCGUCAAGUCAUCCAGUUCUUCCACCCUCUAACCAUCAUCAUGGGACAAAAUGGAGCAGGAAAAACGACGAUUAUUGAAUGCCUGAAAUACAUCUGUUCAGGUGAAUUCCCUCCAGGCGCAAAGGGAGCACCUUUCAUACAUGACCCUAAGGUGGCUCAUGAGACAGAGGUCAAAGCACAGGUCAAGUUGUGUUUCAAAGACAAGGCGGGGAAGGAUGUCGUUGUUACCAGAAGUAUGUUAGCUACUAAAAAGGAAAAAAGAAUUGAAUUCAAGUCUUUGGAAGGAACUAUUGAGAGAGUGGAAAACUUUGGAGAGAAACCCAGCAACGGUUUGAAAUGUGCAGAAAUAGAUCGAGCGAUGGUGGAGAGUCUUGGUGUGUCCAAACAAGUUCUUAGCAAUGUCAUCUUCUGCCAUCAGGAAGACGCUAACUGGCCUCUCAGUGAGGGGAAGACUCUCAAAGGAAAGUUUGAUGAGAUAUUUGCUGCCACCAGGUAA